CGCGCAUUCAUGGCGUUUCAUUGUACGCGGCAGUCGCGGGUCCGCCGCCGAAGGGGGAUCGCGUCUAUACUUUACAAUGAGACUCGUGCAUCGCUCUUUUUAUCCCACACAAAUUCGUUGUAAUCGAAACGUAUCCCCGUACAAAUCGCGCGUCGUGUUUUAAUAUGAUCACACGUGAAAAACGAACUAAACUUUCAUUCAUAAAAACAAGUUGACAAGUGAAAAUGAAAUGGACAAAGUGCGGUUUAAAAUGAUAAUUAGCGUGAUAUUCUUUUGUUUAGUGAUGGGCGCGGCGCUCACGGGAGCGCCUGACGCUGCAGAUGCUUGUGUUCGAGUGGCCGGCAAGAACGGUGUGGAGUGCAAUGUACGGACGCUGUCGUCAGACCGGGACGUGGUCGGUUCGAUGCACUCGGAUGGCGCGGAGCAGCUUGCAGUCCACUGCGGCUCGGAACUGCUUGAAAGUACGCUAAAGGACCACCAGUUUAGCAAAAUGAAGGACUUGGCAGAGAUCACCAUUUCUAAUUGUAAAAUUCUCCGCCUCCCUGGAAAUGUGUUCGAAGGUCUACGCGGUUUGAAGUCGCUGCAGUUACGCACCAUGAAUAAUGAAUGGGGCUAUAAUAAGGAGAUGGAGAUGUCUUUCGGCGCAUUCAACGGUCUCAGGGAGUUACAUACUUUGGACUUGGGACAUAACAAUAUCAGAAAAAUACCAUCUGACUUAUUUUGCGCCUUGGAAAAUAUAAUUUCUUUGAAUUUAACUCGCAAUAAGAUAAAGUUUGUCGAUGAAUUGGGUUUCGGUCACAAAUGUGGUUCCACCUUGCAGACUAUUGAUCUGAGCUACAACGACAUCAUGUCUCUACCAGCUGAUUCCGAAAUACUACACUUGCGACGACUCACACAACUUUACUUGCAAAACAAUAAAAUAAGCGAAUUGCCCGCAGGAGUUUUCAGUGACCUUCUAUCGUUAAAAGUUGUAAAUCUCUCAGACAACGCUAUAAAUUAUCUACCAGAAGGUUUAUUUCAAAACACGAGGGAAAUUCGUGAAAUUUAUAUGAGAAACAAUGAACUGGAAAUAUUACCCAAAAGAAUAUUUAACAGGUUGGAUCAGUUACUUGUUUUAGAUCUUUCAGUGAAUAAAUUGAGGGGCGACCACAUAGAAGAUGAAACGUUUGGCGGUCUAAUAAGAUUAAUCGUGCUCGACCUGUCUCACAAUGCUAUCGCUCGAAUCUCACAGAAUAUGUUCAAAGAUCUGUUCUUUUUGCAGAACCUUAAUUUAAUUAAUAACUCAAUAGGGUACAUUGAAGAUAAUGCAUUUUCACCACUUUUUAAUUUACAUACUCUGAAUUUAGGUUUAAACAAACUCAGAACAAUUGAAGAUCAUAUGUUUAAUGGACUUUUUAUACUGAACAAAUUAAACCUUAACAAUAAUUUAUUGGCGUACGUCAGCGAAAACGCGUUUAAAAAUUGCUCCGAUUUAAAAGAAUUAGAUUUGAGUUCAAACAAAUUAACCAACGUUCCCCAAGCUAUAUUACAGUUACCGUUUUUGAAGUCAUUAGACUUGGGUGAAAAUUUAUUAACGGAAAUUACGAACAGUUCGUUUCAAAAUUUAUCACAGUUAACUGGUUUGCGUUUAAUCGAAAAUCAAAUUGGAAACCUCACAGCGGGCAUGUUCUGGGGAAUGCCUAGCCUGCAAGUACUUAAUUUGGCGAAAAAUAAAAUACAGUCCAUCGGUACUGAAACGUUUCAAAGAAAUUCGCAAUUGGAAGCCGUUCGGCUCGAUGGUAACUUCAUUUCGGACAUAAAUGGAGUAUUUGUAUCUUUGACGAAGUUGUUAUGGCUUAAUCUGUCGGAAAAUCAUUUAGUUUGGUUUGAUUAUGCCUUUGUGCCGCCCAAUUUGAAAUGGCUAGAUAUUCACGCUAAUUUUAUCGAAAUUCUGGGUAAUUAUUAUAAAAUUCAAAGCGAGCUACGCGUAAAGACGUUAGACGCGAGCCACAAUCGGAUCGUAGCUUUAUCGGCAAUGUCUAUUCCAAAUAGCAUUGAAUUGUUGUUUGUGAACAAUAAUGAAAUAACGACUAUUGAACCAGAUACGUUUGUCGACAAAACAAAUCUGACGCGUGUGGACAUGUACGCUAAUAAAAUUGAGACAUUGGACGCGAAUAGUUUACGCAUCGCGAGAUUAGGUGAUAAGACGUUACCGCAGUUUUAUAUUAGCGCUAACCCUUUUCGGUGCGACUGUACAAUGAAAUGGCUUUUACUCAUAAAUUCCGUUACUUCCCGACAAUACCCAUUCGUGAUGGAUUUAAAUAAUGUCGUAUGUAAAGAAUCUUACGUUCGUGGUGUCAAAAAUCAACCCGUUAGUACUUUACAUGUAAAAGAUUUCCUUUGUAAAUUUGACAGCCAUUGUCCAGAUGAUUGUAAUUGUUGUGAUUUUACGUUUUGCAAUUGCAAAGCCGUUUGUCCGCAUGACUGUUCUUGUUAUCAUGAUUCGACAAAGUCGACGAAUGUUGUAGAUUGUUCUGCGAAGCAAUCUGAUAUGGUACCUCGUGACAUUCCAUCAGCCGCGACUCAUAUUUACUUAGACGGUAAUUCUUAUAAAGAACUUAAUGAGACUUUGUUUGAACUGAUGCGAAGAGCUUUAGUUAUUUAUCUUAAUUCGAGCAAUAUAUUCACAAUUCAAAACAACACAUUUCGUGAACUAGGUGAUCUAAGAAUAUUACAUUUAGAUAAUAACAAAUUAAAACGCCUACAGGGCCUUGAAUUUUCAAAACUAAAUAAUUUAAAAGAACUUUAUUUACAAAACAACGUCAUUGAGUUUAUUUCGAACUUAACAUUCACCUUUUUGGGUUCUUUAGAAGUUUUACGCCUGGACGGAAAUAGACUCGUAAAUUAUGGCCUUUGGCAUUUGGACAAUAACAAAAAACUACAAACGUUGUAUGUCGGUAAUAACUUAUGGUCCUGUAAUUGUAAAUAUUUACAAGGAUUCCUAACUUACAUAUCACAAAAUGUUGAAAAAGUUAUAGAUAUCCGUAGCUUAUGGUGUUUAAAUGAAAAGGCUAAUUCACCGAAGAAACAAUUAAAUUUAAAUGUGACAGUAUGUAGUGAAAUCAGUGACAAUUCAAUGAUGAGUGCGUUUUUUGUUUCCAACAAUAUACCAUUAUUGGCUUCGGUCCUUACCGGUUUCAUGCUUAUUUUAUUAAUAUUAGUUUUAGUGUUCACGUUUAGAUACGCCUGCAGAAUGUGGUUGUACUCAAAUUGCGGCAUUAAGCUCUUUCCCCUCGCGGGCGCUCUUAACGAUGCUGAUAAGCUUUACGACGCUUAUAUUUGCUAUAGCCCAAAAGACGAAGAAUUCGUUAUAGAAUCUUUAGCGCGGGAGCUCGAGAAUGGUUAUCCGUCGUACCAUCUAUGUUUACAUUAUAGAGACGUUCCACAAUUUGAAGCGACGUACGCUCAGUUUCCUGACUUAGUUGUCGAAGCGACCGAUGCCUCGAGGCGUAUAAUAGUUGUUCUGACAAAGAACUUUAUCUUAACGGAAUGGUCUCAGAUUGAAUUCCGACAAGCUUUACAGCGAGCGCUUCGUAAGACUCCACAUAAAUUAAUAAUUGUCUCCGUAGGGCUCGCACCGCGAGAUCCGGAGUUGAAGUCAUAUUUAAAAACGGGUUUAGAAAUAACGUGGAAAGAGAAACGUUUUUGGGAAAGGUUACGGUACGCGAUGCCGUCGUCUAAGCGGCGCGGUCACAAGUUGAAAAGACUCAAUUACGGAAGGAAUUCCAAUACGUACACAAUGGACGCAUCGGUAUUAAACAGCACUUGUCAAACGCUGUGCGGCAAGUCUGCGAAUUCCGCCGAACGCUCGCCGUGCGAUCGCCCGUUAUCCGAGCACAUAUACUCCACAAUAGAUUCUGAUUAUUCCUCUAAUGAUUUCCAAGGCCGCCACAAUCACCCACAAUCUGUGGUUUUGCAACACACAGUCCAAACGUACCUGGUGUAAAGCAUAGUUGUAAAUAACAAAAGAACGAUCUCAUUUUGUAACGGUAUCGGUAGGCAUUUGUUGAUCAUGUCGCUUUGUUGUGAAAUUUUUGAAUGAAAUAUGUCGUCCGAUGUUGUAAAUAGACCUCAUAGUGUUAAUAGUUGUGUAACUUUUGUACAAUAACGAUACCAAAUUUCGCAUUUAAAAAGAUUCGCUUAUUUAUUAAAUUUGUUUCAAAUGGAAUGUUGUAAGUAUUAAUUUCAAAGACUGUAAAUUAUUAUUGUAGAUUAUUCGAUUAUGGCUGAUGUUUGUAUAGAUGAUUAAUAAAAUGUUUAUAACUUA